AAUUCACUUCAAAAAUCUCAAAACAAAUCCUAUACUUUAUCCUCUUCUAAUUAAUUCAACUAUUUAACAUUCUCUUGUAUAUAACAAAAACAUCUCAAUUUGAUUCUCUCGCCGGUAAUCUCACCGGAGACGUUCACGAUCACCGGAAGAUUAUCGCCAGCAGCUCACCGAUUCCCACGGUCUACCUGGUUGAUCAGCUGUUAAUCAGCUCCAAAAAUAAUGGAAAGAAGCAAGUGGUUGACCAUGGUGAUUAUUUUGAGCUUGUUUGUAUUGUCUGCUGGCAGAGGAUUUAAGGCACAUAGGAAGUAUGAUUUGCCUAGAUACAACCACACUCUUGCCAGGAUUCUUGUGGAGUAUUCGUCUGCGGUGUACAUAUCAGAUUUAACAGAACUUUUUACCUGGACAUGUUCAAGAUGUAAUGGUCUCACCAAGGGAUUUGAAAUGAUAGAAUUGAUUGUUGAUGUCGAACAUUGCCUCCAGGCUUUUGUUGGGGUAGCGAAGGAUCUGAAUGCUAUAGUGAUUGCAUUUAGGGGCACUCAGGAAAACAGUAUACAGAACUGGAUUGCAGACCUAUACUGGAAGCAGCUUGAUUGUAAUUAUCCUGAUGUCUCUGAUGCAAUGGUGCAUCAUGGUUUUUAUUCUGCUUACCACAACACAACAGUACGCCCUGGAAUCAUAAGUUCUGUCAAUAGUGCGAAAAAGUUAUAUGGAGACCUUCAAAUUAUGGUGACAGGGCAUUCAAUGGGAGGGGCUAUGGCUGCUUUUUGUGGACUGGACCUCACGGUCAAUUUUGGAAUGCAAAAUGUUAAAGUUAUGACAUUUGGACAACCUCGCAUCGGCAAUGCAGCCUUUUCGUCUUACUUUAGCCAAAUUGUGCCUAAUACCAUACGAGUAACAAAUGAGCAUGACAUGGUUCCUCAUCUCCCUCCAUAUUAUUAUCAUUUCCCACAGAAGACUUACCACCACUUCCCGAGAGAGGUGUGGCUCUAUCAUAUUGGAUUUGGAAGUCUAGUUUACACAGUUGAGAAAGUUUGCGAUGGUUCUGGAGAAGACCCCACUUGUAGCAGGUCAGUAUCAGGGAACAGCAUUUUAGACCACCUAAAAUACUUCGGAGUGCAAAUGGGCUGUGAUGAUGUGGUAAGAUGCAGAAUUCUGAUGGAUCCACGCCUGACGGCAUACAGCACACAAGAUCAAAGCGGAAACUUUAUUAUGUCGAAGAGCCGUUCCAACCCGAUCAUAAAAACAAAUGUAGAAAAUGUGGAAUCAGGUGUUAGUAGCAAUGUAUUAUAGAAUUCUCAGUUGCAUCUGGAGGAGGCACUUGGAAUGGAAGAAUGGUGUAUAUUUUAGGGUUUUAGCUUGUAAAUUUGUAUAGUGCAUUGUGUAUAUUCUUUCAAUUAUUUAAGGUUCUAGUAGUCUUCACAAAGUUGUAGCAGUUUCUCGAUUUAGUAUUUCAUUUUCUUGUGACAGUUACAUGUAACUUUGACGUGUAGAUUUGUAUAUCAAAUGGUAUCCCAAGCAGAAUGAGCAUCUGAUGUAAUAUCCAUGCUUCAUUUUAUAUGAAAAUACAUAGAUUAUAUGUAUUUGAAGAAUAUUAUUAUAUUUUUUUCCUUUUAGUAAAA